UUGGUAAAGCAAUCAUCAGUUUGAAUAACGUUACCAGAACCAGAACAUACUGGAAAUUGGAAAUCAAUAAUUAACUGAUUAUUAUCAUUAUUACUAACUUCUCGAACAGGCCAUUUCAAAAGUCCCUCUGAAAACCCCACCCAAAAAAAAACAAAAAACACCAAAAGUCGCUGGCAUUCAUCAAUGGCGGAGCCACAUUCGUCCGUACCACCACCUUCGCCUCCAAAAGAGUCUCUAACCAGGCGCAACAAACUCAUUUGGCGAGCUCUCUUGAUCUCCAAUCUAGCUCUCGGAGCUUACAUGUUUGCAAGGCCUAAGAAGAAAGAUGCCCAUGUAGAGAAUAAUCGCAAAGCUUCAGAAAAGGGUGUUAAAGACAGCAAAGCAGAGGAGGAAGUUGAUCUUUCUAACAUCAAAACAAUGCCAAUUUAUGAUACGCCGACACCCCCUCCACCAGCCGUGGAACAUGCGAAAGUUCGAGAACUGAUCCCUGAAGAUCAGCAGCGUGAACUUUUCAAGUGGAUGUUGGAAGAGAAAAGGAAAAUCAAACCGAAAGAUCCUGAAGAGAAGAAGCGUAUCGACGAGGAUAAGGCCAUACUCAAACAGUUCAUCCGCGCAAAAACUAUACCUAAAUUCUAGUUUUUCUAUUCUUUCUCAGUUCAGGAAAGUUCUUUAGAGAAAAGACACUACAGAAGGAGCCUCGUAUAUUUUUGUGCUCAUCUGC